AAGUGUCUGCGAAGUACGCAUGGCGUAGAGCUGCAUCGGCAUCGAUUCUUCCUGCUGGAUUGCAAACAAGAAGUUUCUGCAAAUACUUCGAGUUUGAAAUGUUCGCAUCUGACGUGAAGCAUGAUAAAAUUGCGAAAAUCCCCCUCUACACAGAUGACGAUUUGGACUUUAUAAAAGUCGAUAUUCUCGAUGAAAUGUAUAAAAAAAGCUACUCAAUAUUCAACGAACUGCGAUCGAAAUGUCAGCUCUGCGAUGUGGCCUUGUUGGUUGAAAAUCGAAAGCUAUCAGCACACAAAGUAAUACUCGCAGCCACAAUUCCAUAUUUUCGCGGUAUGUUCACAUUGGAUUUGAUGGAAGCCAACAUGAAAGAGAUAAAUAUUGAAGAUAUGAACUACGAAACUGUGGAUGCUCUUCUGUCAUUUGCGUAUACCGGAGAAUUGAGAAUAACCACAAGCAACGUUCAAUCAAUAAUGUUAGGAGCAAACUUUUUCCAAAUGCUGGAAGUUGUGCAACAUUGUGGAAACUUUCUCCUGACUCGUCUUCAUCCGUCAAAUGCACUUUCAAUUCGAGAAUUUUGUAAAAUGAUGUGCGUCGAGGAGAAGAUUACAGAAAUGACUGAUGACUAUAUACAGAAACAUUUCAUGGCAGUAUCCAAAGAUGAGGACUUCAAGAGACUAUCACUAGAAGAUGCAAUUGAAUUGUUAAGAAAUGAUCAUUUAUACGUGGAUUCUGAAGAACAAGUGUAUGUCGCUGCGAUGGAAUGGUUAAAUUGUGAUGUGAUCAGACACGAACAGGCAGCGAAAAUUCUCCCAUGUGUUCGUCUUCCACUUCUCAGCCCAACAUAUCUUUCCUCAAUUGUCGCUUCGAAUCCAAUUAUUAAAAAAGAUAUUCCAUGUCGGGAUUUGAUCGACGAAGCAAAAGACUAUCAUCUCCUUCCCGAUCGUCGAUCACUCAUUAAAUCAUUCAAAUGUACUCCUAGAUUGUGCCAAAUCGUACCCGGAUUAAUAGUUGCCAUUGGUGGACUGAUGCAUCAAAGUCAAUCGAAAUCUUCUGUUGAAAUCUAUGAUCCAACCUCCAAGAAAUGGUCGCCAAUCGAUGGAAUGGUCACUUUGAGAACUCGUGUCGGAGUUGCUGUUAAUCAGAGACAGGUCUACGCGAUUGGAGGGUUUAAUGGUCAGGAUCGGCUUGAUCUUGUUGAAAAGUUCGAUUACGACACGUUGAAGUGGACUACGCUGUCACCAUUGACAAGAAAACGUUCUGCUCUGGCGGCUGCAUUCGUCACAAAUCGUUUAUAUGUGUGUGGUGGAUAUGAUGGUCUACAUAGUCUUUCUUCAAUUGAAAUUUACGAUAUUAAUCGAAAUGUCUGGGAAGCCGGACCACCAAUGGAAAAUAUGAGAAGUGCCGCUGGAGUUACUGUUAUUGAUAAACAUAUUUAUAUUUGUGGUGGCCACGAUGGAAUGCAAAUCUUCGCAUCAGUCGAACGAUUGGACACAGAAAAUCAACAAUGGGAACGAAUUCCUUCAAUGAUUCAGCAAAGAUGCCGAUUUGGAGCUGCCACGUUCAAAGGAAAAAUCUACGUGGCUGGUGGAUACGAUGGAACUUCAUUCCUUAAAUCUGUUGAAGUUUAUGAUCCAGUUGAGAAGAAAUGGUCUCCAGUGUCACCGAUGAAUAUGAGAAGAAGCCGGGUGUCACUCGUAUCAACUAACGAGGGAUUAUUCGCAGUUGCAGGAUUCGAUGGCGAGAACAACUUGUGCAGUAUGGAACAAUACGAUGACGUCACAGAUUCAUGGACCAUUGCAACUGCUCUCACUUGUCAUGAAGGUGGUGUGGGUGUCGGUGUGAUACCGAUGCCACCUCAUAUGUUGUGAAAAUUGUGAUUUUUGUAAAUAAUAAAGUAUUGAAUGUU